AUGGGUGGGAUGGCGAAAGUGAGAUUAAAAUGGGUGAAGAACAAGAACCUGGAUCACAUCAUUGACACCGAGACCGAUCUCAAAGCAGCUUGCAUUCUCAAGGACGCCAUCAAACGAUCUCCCACCGGUUUCCUCACCGCCAAAUCCGUCGCCGACUGGCAAAAACUCCUCGGACUCACCGUCCCUGUUCUCCGCUUCCUCCGCAGGUAUCCGACUCUGUUUCACGAGUUUCCACAUGCUCGUUACGCAAGCUUGCCCUGUUUCAAGCUAACGGACACUGCACUGAUGCUCGACUCGCAGGAACAGAUCAUUCACCAAAGCCACGAGGCCGAUACAGUGGAGAGGCUCUGUAGAGUUCUGAUGAUGAUGAGAACGAGAACCAUCUCUCUCAGAUCACUCCACUCUCUCAAAUUCGAUCUCGGUUUACCAGACAACUACGAGAGAACACUAGUCACCAAGUACCCUGAUCAUUUCUCCUUCGUCAAGGCCGCUAAUGGAGACCCUUGCCUAAAGCUCGUGACUUGGCGUGACGAGUUCGCAUUCUCAUCGCUGCAGAAGCGUAACGAGAGAGAGAACAAUGUUGUCGUCGUCACCGGGGAGGAAGAUUCUCGUUACCGGGAGUUCAAAAGAGGACAAUCGGCAUUGACGUACCCUAUGAGCUUCCCUAGAGGAUACGGAGCACAGAAGAAGGUCAAGGCGUGGAUGGACGAGUUUCAAAACCUUCCUUACAUAUCUCCAUACGACGACGCGAGUAACAUUGACCCUGAAAGCGACCUCAUGGAGAAGCGAGCUGUGGGGGUUUUGCACGAGCUCUUGAGCUUGACGAUCCACAAGAAGACAAAGAGGAACUACUUGAGAAGCAUGAGAGCUGAGCUCAACAUUCCGCAUAAGUUCACUCGUCUCUUCACGAGGUAUCCUGGGAUCUUCUACCUCUCGUUGAAGUGUAAGACGACGACUGUGAUCCUCAAAGAAGGGUAUCGUCGAGGAAAGCUAGUGGAUCCACAUCCUCUGACUCGUCUUAGAGACAAGUUCUAUCAUGUGAUGAGAACAGGGUUUCUUUACCGGGGUAGAGGGUUGGGCAUGGUUUCGAAAGAGGAGCUUUUGCUUGAUAAGCCAGACGAUGAUGGUCCUGAGGAUGAAGAUGACUCUGAAGAAGAAGAGAUUGUGGAGGGAAGUGAACUUGAUGAAGAUUCAGAAGAUGAUUAG